CCAGUUCAUAUUUCGCAUCUUUCCGUUGGUUAAUAUGCAUCUGUAUCAGUUUAUGUCAGAAUCAAUUCAUCAGAUGACUGUCUGUGCAUUGUAAUUUUUAAUGAGAUAUUGGCCUUAGAAUUUGAAUUGAAGAUGGCUAAACCUCAGUCUUGUGACACAUUUGUUGCUCUUCCACCGUCCACUGCUGAUGGGUGUGUUAUAUUUGGAAAGAAUUCAGACAGACCUGAUGAAGAAGUACAGGAAGUUGAAUAUUAUUCUAGUAAGGAACACCAGCCAGGAUCUAAAGUUAUGUGUACAUACAUUGAGAUAGACCAAGUACCAAAGACAAAUGCUGUAAUCCUGAGUAAACCCUCCUGGAUGUGGGGAGCAGAGAUGGGAUCCAAUGAACAUGGGGUCUGUAUUGGAAAUGAAGCAGUGUGGACUAAGUUAAAUAGUGAUGAUGAUUUGACAGAGAGGCUGCUUGGGAUGGAUAUAGUAAGACUUGUUCUGGAAAGAGUGAAGACGUCAAAAGAAGGUGUUGAACUGAUAGGAGAAUUAUUAGCCAAGUAUGGACAAGGGGGAUCCUGUUACGAGUCCACACAAAGGUCAGCUUACCACAACAGUUUUCUGUUAGCAGAUAGAACGGAAGCCUGGGUCCUAGAGACAGCCGGCAAAUUCUGGGCAGCUGAACUAAUUAAAGAAGGAGUAAGAAAUAUUUCUAAUCAGCUGACUAUUGGUACACAAAUAGACAUGAUGUCACCUGAUCUUAUACAGGAAGCAACAGCGCUGGGGUUUUACAGUAAAGAAAAAGGCGCCUUUCAUUUUAGUAAAGUUUUCUCUGAUGACUACUGUCUUGAAGGGAGAUACAAACAUGGAAGACGAAUGUUACAAGAAUAUUCUAAAGAAGGCAAAUUUGGAAUGACGGAUAUGGCCAAUAUUUUACGAGAUGAAAGCAGUGGCAUAUGUAUGACUGGUGGCUAUACAUCAACAGGAAGUCAGAUAUCUGUGAUCCCCACUGGUGCCUCCAACAAGCCAGCAGUACACUGGUUCACUGCUACACCUAACCCUAAGCUCAGUAUAUAUAAACCAUUUUUCUUCUGUACUGGGGUAGACAUUGAUGACCUCACUGUCUCACCAAAAUAUGGUGCAGAUGAUCCAAUUAAGAUGAAACCUAGAUUCAGCAAAGAAGUGGAUAGAAGGCAUAAACUAUAUAAAGCACACGGUAGUUUUGUGGCCUCUAGAAAACAAUCUGUGGCAACAAAAUUGAAAGAUCUGGAGAAGAAAUUCAUUCAGGAUGUGACAGAAAUAAUGGAGAAUUAUAAUGACGAAAAAAAGAAAAAAUCUUCAGAAAUCUUUAAACAUAUGUGUACUUGUGAAUUAGAUUUCUACAGAGAAAUUGGGUAGAUAUGUUGUGCACAAAAAUUUUGUUUUCUUUUUCACUUUAUGCUGAUCAUAGUUUUUUUUAGCAAAACGUUAUUGUCCACUGUUUUGGAAUCAUGUUAGAAAAUGGCUAUGGAUGUAAAUACUGAAAUCAAGCUUGACUUUUCUAUGAGAACUUCCAAUUUGUUGAUUGUACCUUUGGUGUGUUGGUGACCUGUACUACGGAUUUAAUUGAAAUUUUAAGAAGUGCAUUUUUUACACAAAAUUUUGUCAUGGUGGUUUAUGUAUACAUGUACAUCUUUAUGCCCCACCUAUGAUAGUAGAGGGGCAUUAUGUUUUCUGGUUUGUGGGUCUGUCCGUCUGUUUGUUCGUCCGUCCAUCCUUAUUCCCUCUUCAGGUUAAAGUUUUUGGUCAAGGUAGUUUAUAAAGAAGAUGAAGUCCAAUCAACUUGAAGCUUAGUACACAUGUCCCCCAUGAUAUGAUCUUUCUAAUUUAAUGCCAAAUUAGAGUUUUUAUCCCAAUUUCACGAUCCACUGAACAUAGAAAAAGAUAGUUUGAGUGGGGCAUCUAUGUACUUGGGACACAUUCUUGUUCAAUAUAGUUUAGUCAAAUGCAUUUUUUUUUUCAAAUUGUAUAUAAUACCAUACAUUGUAUAAAAAUAUUUCUGCAUAAUAUAACAUCCAUCAUUCAUAUUCAUGAUGUAUUAUCUAAUAACCUACUGACAUAAUCAUGAAUAUUAUUUAUAUGAACUUUAUCUAACUUGACUUACACAAUUACAUAAACAUAUAUACUAGCUAUUUAGUCUAAAAAUAUGUUUAAGUUAUGAAGUCCUUAUAAGAUUUAUUGUGUUAAACAAUACUUCUAUGACCUGAUCCAAUGUCAACACUUAAAUGGAAAAUAUAAUUAGCAAAAUCCAGAACAUUUCUGUAAGACAAUAUUUUAUAUUUAGAAGACAAAAUGAGUAAAUUACAACCUAUUGUUAUUUUUUUUUUUUAUAAAAUUUCUCUUUUAAUUCGGCCAACUAGUUAGUUGUGAAUGCUGUAGACCAGCCCAAUGCUGUGGACAUGGUAUUUUUCUUAUAUGCAUAUGAUUGAUGAUAUGAUGCAUUAAUUUUGUUUCAGAUGUAAAGAAAUAUACAUCAAAAUUAAACUUUUAUCAAAUUUCAGUGUAAUUUGUUACAAUAUGAAAAUGAUACUAUUGUUCUUGAUGUUGAUUGUUUAAGUUGUAAUAUAAUUUAUGUUUACCAUUUAAUGGUUAAAGUUGUUUAUUUUUCUUUGGAAAUAUAUUUUGAUUCAUCAUUAAAAAUU